UUUCCGCUUCUCGCUGGGGCUCGGACCGCGGCUCACCCAAACCGCCGUGUGUAACGCUGGAGGUUGACGCACCGAGGUCCCAAAAAAACAGGCAAAAAAAAAAGCCAAACGCGCGAGCGGAGAGGGGGAGGAAAAAAAAAAAAAAAAAGAUGUCUGAACCCAAGUACCGCGAGUGGAUUCUGGACACUAUCGACUCGCUGCGGUCUCGCAAAGCCCGGCCGGACUUGGAGAGAAUUUGCCGAAUGGUCCGGAGGCGGCACGGGUCCGAGCCCGACCGAACGUGCGCGGAACUGGAGAAACUGAUCCAGGAGCAGACCGUGCUCAAAGUUAACUACAAGGGCUCCAUUUCGUACCGAAACGCCGCCAAGGUGCAGCGGAGGAGCAGGAAAAAGGACGAGCUCUCGUUAGCGACGGCGGCGGCCAGGAGGAGCGCGGUGGAAGAAGCCAGCCACUCCGACCUGAGCAACGGGGACAGCGCCUUCGGAGCCGUGGACCAGGACGACGAGGACCUGGAGACGGGGAGCGGCGGUUGGACCUCGCACGAGCGCUACCGAGAGGAGGAGGAGGGGGGCGCGAGGAGGGGGGGGGGGGGGGGAGAAGAAAAGAAGGUGCGCGUGUGGCGCGAGUGUGUCUUUUCUUGUAUUUGUAAUGUUCUCUCCGGCCGCACGGCGCUCGGAACGACCGUCGCGGCCGUAAAAAACGGCAAACAGGGGAAAAGUUGCGUCGGCCGAAAGCCCAGCCUCCAUUACCGGCGGCAGAAAGCGCUUUUCGAGCCCCAAACUCGGCGUUUCUACGGAGCGGUGAAACGAGCGGCGUUAGCCCGGAAGGGGGCCGUGGGGACGCGGACGUGUCCGAUAACGGACUCGUCUCGCCGUGUGUACUUGACGGUGACUCGCUUUGACUGUAAAUCGUUGACCCAGUGCAAAGUCAAAGUGGACGGGAACUGGGGGGGUUGUAAGGGAGGGGGUGGGGGGGAGGCGGCCGGCGUCGGCCGCGGCCGGACCACUGCGCUGGCGGACACCUCCAUGGCCAUGGACACAGACAGUAAUCCGGACGAGGAGGGGGCUGAGGAGAGCCAGGACGGGCAGGACGGGGCGUCCCCCGGCGGCGGCGGGGGCGGCGGGGGCGCCCGGGAGGACGCCCCUGUGCACUGUGGCCCCGAGCGGGCCGCCUCGGCCCCCUGCUCCCCCUCCGGCCCCCGGCCGGGGCCCGGGCCCGGCCCUCCCUGCGGCCCCGGCUCCGCUCCGGACUGCGCCUCCCUCCAGAAGGCCGGGGAGAGGCCCAGCUCCUUGCCCCCCUCCAGCCCCCGGGCCCUGGCGCACAAUGACUGGGCUUAUGAUGCUGCCGUGUGCCCAGUGGAGCGCCAGCACCCAGGAAUGCAGAAGGACAAAGCUGACCUGAAGCCAGCUGUCCACUCUGGAACCAGCAGCCCCUGUGCUUUGAACAACAUGAAGAAAGAAGAUGGAGGCAAGGCGGAGGACAGCAGCCUCCUGUCUGACCAGCUGGUGCCGGACUACGCCGCGCGGCUGGACGAGACCAGGAGCGCGUCCGAUGGAAGGUCACAGACUCUGCCCCUGCCCUCCGACAGCUGUGCAUUUAAGAAGGUAGACAUAUCCUUAACAACGGCCGAGGACGUUCUUGUCAACGGUGACAAAGACGAUGACUUCUCGGUGAAGAAGGAGAAGAUGAGCCAGAACCUGCUGCAGUGGACGGUGGCAGACGUGGCCAGCUACUUCUCGGCGGCGGGGUUUCCGGAGCAGGCGGUGGCCUUUCGAACACAGGAGAUAGACGGGAAGUCCCUUCUCCUAAUGCAGCGCAGCGACGUGCUGACCGGCCUGUCUAUCCGACUUGGGCCCGCCCUCAAAAUCUACGAGCGCCAUGUAAAGGUGCUGCAGAGGACCCAUUUCCUGGAGUACGAAGACAUCUGAAGCGAUGACGGACAUGGCAGAGGAGGCCAUAUUGACUCAAACGUGCAUGCAGUCCCUCUCCCAUAUGGGUCCUCCCACCCACCCUCAUAUAUGCAUCAUAUGUAGAGGGUGCGUGGAGAGGGGGGUGGGGGU